CAUGCAGGCAAUGACUGGAUGGUUCGGGCCUGUUGGGGCAAUGCGGCCAGCAUGCUGCUGGGCACGAGGGGGCUAAGUAGCCAUUUGUCCAAGAUCAGGACCGCCCACUUGGGUGGGUUGCCUGAGCAUGCAGAAAUUAUUUCUGGCCGGGACAUCCUCCUGUGGGCCAGUUCCUACCUAACCUCUCCAUGUGCUCCCCAAUCUCUGGACAGGCUUGUGAGAGGGGUAAGAAGCAGCACCCAAGUCCUUCUGUGGUACCUCAGCGCCGACCACUGUGCCAGCCACUGGAAUUUGGAUCCUUGCCCCAGCAGGCAGAAAUAACCCAGGGAAAUGCAGAGGUGAAGGCAGCCCCAGAAGGUGAGACUGGUGGACACAGCAAGCGGAGAGCAGAGCUGAGAGGAGACACCAUGAAGCUGGAUGAGCGUAGUUUGGCCACGUACGCCAGGUGCGACACUCCUGUCGACUCGGAGGGCUUCCUGUUCAAGAAAGGUGGGCGCCACGCCACCUACAACCGCCGCUGGUUUGUGCUGCGGGGCAACAUGCUCUUCUACUUUGAGGACGAGGCCAGCCGUGAGCCGGUGGGUGUCAUCGUCUUGGAAGGCUGCACGGUGGAGCUGGUGGAAGCGGCCGAGUUCGCCUUUGCGGUGCGCUUCGCGGCUCCCCGGGCACGCACCUACGUGCUGGCGGCCGAGAGCCAGGUGGCCAUGGAGCGCUGGGUGAAGGCGCUGUCCCGGGCCAGCUUCCACUACCUGCGCGUGGUGGUGCGUGAGCUGGAGCAGCAGCUGGCGGCCAUGAAGGCCAGCACCCCUGCCCCGGCUCCCGUGCCACCCCGGAGAACCCGACUUCCUCUGGCCAAGGCCAAGGACAAUGGCUGCGCCGUCUGGAGCACAGAGCUCCCAGCCAGGCCCCAGCCCCCUCCCCUGCCACCCCGCCGGCGACCCUCAGCCCCACUCCGGCCCCCCGAGGGCGCCUCUUUCGCCCAGCUGCACGAGUGGUACGGCCGGGAGGUGCAAGCCCUGCGCAGCCAGUGGUACAAGAGCCAGGCCCAGUCCUGAAGGGAGCUCAGCCUGCUGUGAGAGACUGGGGGGGCUGGCUUAGGGUCAGCCCCAGCGCCCCCUUUGUAGGGGACCGGUGCUUUAGGAGAGAGACAGCCAAGGCGCCAGCCUGAAGCCCAGGAGAAUGGGCGCUGCUUUCUGGGAGCUCAGUCUGGCCUGCUGUGCCCACAAACACCAAACCGCACAGGGCCUGGCCAGGUGGCCAGAACUGAACGAGGGUCUGUGAGCUGAGAGGAAAGUGCUCGCCAACCUGAAGGCUUAGGGACUGGGCACCAACAGGGAGAGGAUGUGGCCGGACUCACCUGCAUCCAAGACCUGGUCCUAGGCCUCAGGCCUACAGGGUCUGUCGCAGUUAGGAAGUGUAGGUGUGAGUGUCCCAGCCAGUGACACAGUGACCUCUGGCUCCCGACCAUGUCCCUGCAAGCUCGGACACCGCACCACAUCCCUCAGCUCAACUCACCUGACCUCGUCCAAGCUGGCCAUGGCCUGAGCUGGCUUUCCAGCACAUUCCCUCAGGGAAAGCUGGCUUCUAGCACACCCAGCCCUGGUAGGGGCCCGGUACCAGGCAGAGGUGGGGAGUCUCUGCUGAAGCCCCCCUCUUGUCCUUUCAGCCCCUCCGGGGUCUUGGCUCAGCUCCCUGUACCCUGGCACCCCCCAGGGGUCCCAGACCUCACCCCCUUCUCUGAUCCCACUCACCACAGUGGCCGUUCUUCACCCAGUGAGAAUCUUGAGGGGCUGGGCUACCCCGACCCCGCCCUCCAGCUGGGUCAUGUUUACAGUCCUCACACGGGGACCCCUGAGGACACUUCACCCCAACCUUUAUGCUCCAGAGGCUCCUUCUGGGGGCCUGGGAAAGAAGAGAGGCCUGUGUCAGCAGCCCAGCUCACUGCCGGCUCAGUGUAACUGGCGCUUUGGUUUUAAUUUAAGUUGUAAUAUUUUGGGUGUUCCCCGCUUUUUUCUAAGCUGGGGUUUUCAACUGCUUUUGUUUCCUGUUGGCUGCUGGGCCUGUAACCCCUGACACUCCUGCCUGAGAACAGAGUAGUGGGGUUUGGCCCACUGUCCACACUCGGAGUCUGCAUGGAGCCCAGAUCCUGGUCAGGCGCUGGCAGCUGUGGGGCUAGUCUGGUCCCAAUGCAGGUUUACAAGCUCUAACGGUACAGUGACCCUGACUGGGGUGUAAAAGCUAAAAUAAAAGUUGGCCAAGUAAGUGAA